AUGGCAACAACACCGCCGCUCCCCUCCGAAACCACAGCUCUCCUCCGGAAGCCACCGGGCUCUGCCUCCGAUGAACCUUCCCAAAUCCGGCAAUGGGUGGCCGAGAUCUUGCUGCUGGCCAAGGCCGCAGUUCCGGUCAUCUUGGCUUAUACGCUGCAGAACAGUCUGCAGACUAUCAGUGUGCUCAUCGUGGGUAGAUUAAGUCCAGAGGCUCUCGCGACCGCGGCCUUCAGCUACAUGUUCGCUAUGGCCACCGCAUGGCUCAUUGCCCUUGGUGGAACGACGGCGCUCGACACGCUUGCAUCUAGUAGUUUUACCGGAUCGACCAAUAAGCACGAUCUGGGCAUUCUGCUGCAAAGGGGCAUCAUUGUCCUGUCGGCAUUUUAUGCAGUUGUAGCAGUGCUAUGGUGGUUUUCCGAGCCAGUCUUCCGGGCGUUGGGUCAAGAAGAGUUCAUUUGCGUGCAGAGCUCAAGAUUCCUGCGGUGCCUGAUCCCUGGCGGACUGGGGUAUGUCUGGUUUGAGGCUAUGAAGAAGUACUUGCAGGCGCAAGAAAUCUAUCGGCCGGGAACAUAUGUGCUGUUCAUCACGUCGCCGAUGAAUGCCGGGCUCAACUAUCUCUUCAUCCACACGCUAGGCCUUGGUUUGUACGGCGCGCCUCUCGCCACGGGCAUCUCGUACUGGAUCUCUUUCCUGCUUCUCGUGGCGUAUGCGGCGUUCGUGCGUGGCAAAGAGUGCUGGGGCGGGUUGCAAGUGCGAAAGGCGCUGAAGAACGUAGGACCUUUUGCGAAGCUGGCAAUCCUGGGGGUGGUGCACGUGGGAACGGAAUGGUGGGCGUUUGAGAUCGUGGCGUUGGCAGCGGGAAGGCUGGGUACGAUUCCGCUGGCGGCGCAGUCAGUCAUCAUGACGGCGGACCAAAUCAUCAACACGAUCCCGUUCGGGCUCGGGGUUGCGGCGUCGGCUCGACUCGGCAACCUGCUGGGGGCGCAGAAAGCUCGGGAUGCAGCGCGGGCAGCACACGCUGCAGCAGUGUUGUCGGUGAUACUUGGGACGUUGGUGCUAGUGGUGCUGAUGGCGACGAAGGAUGUUUUCGGGCGUAUUUUCAACGACGACGAGAGAGUGAUCCGGCUGGUGGGCGAGGUGAUGCCGUUUGUGGCUCUGUUCCAAAUCGCCGACGGGCUUAACGGGUCGUGUGGUGGUGCGCUUCGCGGGAUGGGACGGCAGUGGGUUGGGGCUGUGGUGAACCUCGUCAGCUACUAUGGCGGGGCACUACCGGCCGGGAUUUACCUCGCGUUCCACGGCUGGGGACUCGCCGGUCUGUGGAUUGGACAGUGCGUUGCCCUGUAUCUCGUCGGCGCCCUCGAAUGGGUUAUUGUUGGAUUCAGCAAGUGGGACAAGGAGUGCCAGCGAGCGUUGGAUCGCCUUGAUGAUAGCAGUGACGGAGAAGGCGAUGCUCCCGACGACGAGGCCGUCUAG